AAAAAAUCUAGCUGUCACAUUGAGUUUCAGCUGUCAACUGUCAUAUCCUAUUUUGUCACCAUCAUUCAUUCAUCAUUUUGAUUUUGCAGCAGAAAUGGCCGAUUUGUUAUCUGUUCCUUUGAAAAAGUCUUCGGACGUAGAUAUUGUGAAACCUUUGAAAAACUUGAUCCAGUCUACUUACAAUUCUGAAAAAAGUUCUGAAGAUUUCACCGAUGCUUUGAAUGAACUAAGUCGUCUUAGGACCAAUGCUAUAUGGAAAGUGUUUGAGAAGUCUUCACUAGAUCUUAUUUACAGCUACUAUGACCAGCUUGUGGCUCUGGAAUCAAAAAUCCCUCCUCAAGAAGUUCAAAUACCUUUUAAAUGGAAGGAUGCUUUUGACAAAGGAUCUUUAUUUGGAGGAAGGAUGAGUCUCACAAUAAGCUCUCUGGCUUACGAGCGCAUGUGUGUGCUGUUCAACAUGGGGGCCAUGCAGAGUGCAGUUGCAGCGCAGCAACCACUCGAUACAGAGGACUCUCUCAAACUUGCUACUAAACUUUUACAGCAAGCUGCGGGCACGUUCGCGUACCUGAAGUCGAACAUAAUGAUGGCCGUACACCAGGAGACGACGCCCGACCUCAGCCCCGACACGCUGCACGCGCUCUCGCAGCUCAUGCUGGCGCAGGCGCAGGAGGUGAUCGCGUACAAGUGCAUCCGCGAUGAGAUGAAAGAGAGCAUGGUGGCAAAAGUGUGCGCGCAGUGUGAGGAGCUGUACACGGAUGCGCUGCGGGCCAUGCAGAAGGACAACCAGAAACCGCUGUGGGACCGCGACUGGCUGCCCACGGUGCAGGCGAAGCAGGCAGCGUUCCGCGGGCUGGCGCAGUACUACCAGAGCCUGGUGUGCCGCAACAACAAGGCCGUCGGCGAGGAGAUUGCGCGACUACAGAUAGCAGUGGAGUCGUUGAAGGCGGCCAACGCCCGCGUGUUGGUGAAUGUGCUUCAGGAGAGCUGCGCUAAAGCCGCGCGGAACUUGCAAGAAGCGACCAGAGACAACGACUUCAUCUACCACGAGCGCAUCCCCGACGCGAGGCAGCUGGAGCCCAUAUCGCGGGCCACCGUGGCCGCGCCGCUGCCGCCGGACUCGAGGCCGCGCUCCUCGAAUACUGAUCUGUUCGCGUCGCUGGUGCCGCUGGCGGUGCACCAGGCGGAGCAGGCGGCGCAGGCGCGCGCGCGGGAGGCUGCGGGCGCCGGAGUGGCGCGCCUGAGGGAACACACGCAGCUGCUGAGCGCCGCGCUGGCCUCGCUGGGGCUGCCCGCCGCGCUCGACGCGUGCCGCCCCGGGGGCCUGCCCGUAGCGCUGCGGGACAAGGCGGCCAGCGUGCGCGCCCAGGGCGGCUUGCCCGCGCUGCUGCGCCUGCUGCAGGACAUGCCCGACCUGCUGCAGCGGAACAAGGAUAUCCUGGACGAGACGGAGCGCAUGCUCCGCGAGGAGGCCGACUCGGACGAGAGUUUGCGCAAACAGUUCGGGACCCGCUGGAGUCGAACCCCGUCCGCGCAGCUGACCGAAUCCUUCCGCGCCAACGCCACCAAGUACCGCCAGAUCAUAGACAACGCCGUGCGCGCCGACCAGAUCGUGCAGCAGAAGUUCCAGCAGCACAAGGACAGCAUCCAACUGCUGACCGGAAGUGAAGGGGAGCUGAGUGCGGAAGUGCCGGAUGCUCCGGAACAAAUGGCCGCCGCUGAUCAGCCCCUGCGAGAGUUGCAGCAGCUGAUGCAGGAAGUGGAGGAGUUGAAACGCGAUCGCGAAGUGUUGGAGAGCGAGCUGAAGGAAGCGCGUGUAGACCUACGGGACCAGUUCGCGCAGGCGCUGGUGCAGGGCGGAUCCAUCGACGAGCCCGCCCUGUCCGCGCCCGCCCUCGCCGCCCUCAUGGGGCCGCUGCAGCGCCGCCUCGAGGAGUCUAUCGCGCGGCAGGAGGCGUUGAUCUCCCGCAUCCAGACGGCUCACACGGCGUGGACAGCGGCCCGCGGAGAGAUGGGUGACCGCGACGCCGCCCUGGGCCGGCUGUGUGCCGCCCACGACGCCUACCACGACCUCACCGCCAACCUGCAGGAGGGCAGCAAGUUCUACAACGACCUCACGCAGCUGCUGGUGGCGUUCCAGAACAAAGUGUCUGACUUCUGCUUCGCGCGCAAGACGGAGAAGGACGAACUACUGAAGGACCUCACGCAGGAGGCUUCCCGACCCGCCCCGGCACCGCCCACUGAGCCGACAAUGGUCCGUAGGGAGGCGCCCCCGCGCCCCCCGCCCCCCAGCACCGCACCCAGCGCUGGCCCCGCCCCCAGCACCGCCCCCGCCCCCGCGGCCGCGGCCCUGCCCUACCCCAUGCAGCCACAAGGAAUGCCGCUACCGUACGGCGCCCCGUACCAGUACUACGCGGCGCCCAUGCCGGCCACGUACAACCCUUACGCCACCCUCCCGUACCCGCACCACGCGCGCAUGCCGCCCCCGCAGCCCUACCAGCCCUACCAGCACGCCCCCGCGCAGUACCCGCAGCCCCCGCCCCCCCCCGGAUACAACCCAUACGGCCCGCAGUAAAACUCUACCAGCUACGCGCCUUCAUCGCCGACCAUAUCCGGUCGUUAUCAUCUCGACGAAUCAGGGGGCCAUUCGCCUAACGGAAAUGCUUUGGAAAACUCUAACGCUUUCGAUUUAAUUUUGUUACUUCUGACCGCCGAAGGUUUUGAAAUACCUCACGCUCAUUUUUUUUAAUAUAGUUAUUACCAAUGCAAAAGAAAAAAAUAAAGUGCGAGGCAUUUGAAAACCUCAGGCGGCUAGAAAUAACAAUAUGAAAUCGUAAGCAUUAGCGGUUUCCAAAGCAUUUCCUUUAGGCGAAUGGCCCCCAGUACCCAUAGCCCGAACCGAUAACCGAUUCAAAUGGUUUAGGGGUCGUUCAAGUAUUACGUGAGCAGAUUUAUUACAAUUAUUUACCCCCUCCUCCCCCUUGUCAGCAAAAGUAAGCAAAGCUCUUACCCCUCCCCCCAUCCUUACGUAAACAUUGGUAGCUAUAUGCAUUUUUCUUUUAAUGUAUACUGUUUUUUAUUGAUUCAUGAGCUUUCGUGAGCUUCAUGACCAGCAGUACUUAAAAAGGCUUAAUCGAUGAUGCUGACGUAAUCACCAUCUCUACCCCCCCCCCCCCCCCCCCCCCCCACCCCCCCAAGUCAUCAAAAAUAAGCAAAGCGGAGACCCCCCUGCCCCCCUAUAGUGCUUACGUAAUACUUGAACAGCCCCUUACGAGUCCGAAGUGACAGUGUCACAAAACAUGAACAGCAGCGCCACAAAGUACGUGACGAAAACUGAAAAUCAGUACAUAUUUGACAAUGACGUUUCGCACUCGCAAACUGUUCGAAUUCGAUAUUGGUUUGGGCUCAGGGUCCAGUAUCCAAAGCACGAACCGUUAUGCAAGUCUAAUUGUAUCUGGGUACGCGUCGAAUUUGUACUGGUUUUUAGUUCUCGUUACGUCCGUUGUGGCGCUGCAGGUCGAAUUUCCAUACUAAAUUUGACGAUGACAUUUUGCAAACGUAACGAAUUCUAUAUCGGUUCGUGCUAAGGGUCCAGCCCCCGCAGCUUGAGCACCGCGAUGUAAUACCAAAAUCGAACUGUUAAGAAACUUUUUACUGAAUAAUUAAAUAUUUCUAAAUCGAGCAGAUUAAUGUUUAAUAUAAAAAAUAAUAAUAAAACAAAAAUGUAAUGCAUAAUAUAAUGUGUAUCAGAAAAGGUUAAAUAAGUAUAUACACAGUGAUGGGAACCAACCUAGUAGAUAUUCUAGAACGCCUGAAACUCAGAUAUCCCGGGUUCGAGUCCCGGUGGGGGCAAAUUUCAGUAUGAUGAAUACGAGCAUUUGUACCUUAGUUGUGGAUGUUUAUAUAUAUUUCUAGAUAUAUGUAUUCUAUUCGUUACCCUAGCAUAUAAUAUGGCGGUCUUCAAAACCUUUUCCUUCGGAGCCGGCAACGCACGAGUGGUAAAUUUGGUGCUGCAAGUGUCCACGGGCGGCAGUGACCCCUCACCAUCAGGUGGACUGUUUGACUGCAUAAACAUUAAAAGAAAAUAUCACUGUGCUCACUCUGGGGGUGCUAAAGUUCCAUCUUGAAACAUGCUUGUAAUAAGAGUAUUAUUAAAAUUUUUAUCGUGAAAUUAGUGCGAUCUUGUUAAUGUCAGCAAGCAAAUAUAGAACACUAAGGUAGAGGACUUUUUCUCUAAAGCACAGCACAGUUCGUAUAGCGUCUGCCCCCCUCCAUUAAACAAAGAAUAAGUUGGACUAGUUUUGCAUUUUGUAUACCUACAUAACUCAAAUUGCAUUUGUAAUUCGAUUAACUGAGACGAGACAGCAAAACUAAUCCAAAAUUUAUUCAGAGGGUAGAUGUCGAUCUUGGACACCGACGCGACGAACACGCAACUAUAGGCGACACCGUAGCUGUAAGGUGAACAUGUGAGAAUCGCGUUAUUUCAGGCCGCGCAUACUAACGACUUAGGCCCGUAUUACAGAAUGACAACUAAGUGUUGAUCUUUACUUGAGUACAGUUAGAAAGGGA